CUGUAGCUCUCAAGGUUGCCGCAAGCAUCAGUCGCUUUCUCACUCCAAACAUUGCCUUUGUGAUAGCAGCCAAAGAUGCAAGCCCCCGUGGUCGUUUUGAACACACAGCAAGGCGAGCGACAAUUUGGUCGCAAAGCUCAACUUUCGAAUAUAACGGCCGCAAAGACCGUAGCAGACAUUAUCCGAUCAUGUUUGGGUCCAAAGGCCAUGCUGAAGAUGCUGCUCGACCCUAUGGGUGGCAUUGUUCUCACAAACGACGGACACGCUAUCCUCCGAGAAAUCGAAGUUGCACAUCCAGCCGCUAAAUCCAUGAUCGAGCUUUCGAGGACACAAGACGAGGAGGUGGGCGAUGGCACCACCACGGUCAUCAUAUUAGCAGGCGAAAUCUUAGCUCAAGCUCUACCACAACUUGAACGCAACAUACAUCCUGUCGUCAUAAUACAGGCCUUUAAAAGGGCACUUGCAGAUGCGCUGCAGAUCAUCGAGGAUAUCAGCGUGCCCGUCGACAUUAACAACGACAAGGAGAUGUACCAGCUCAUUCAAGCAACCAUCGGCACCAAGUUCGUAUCCCGUUGGUCUGAGCUCAUGUGUCAGCUGGCGCUGAAGGCUGUUCGCACAGUGACUUGGGACCAGGGCAGUGGACGCAAAGAGGUGGACAUAAAGCGUUAUGCGCGUAUAGAGAAGAUUCCUGGCGGUGAGAUUGAGGAUUCUAGAGUGCUUGAUGGUGUGAUGCUCAACAAAGAUAUAACACACGCGAAGAUGCGACGGAGGAUUGAGAAUCCGCGUAUUAUCCUUCUCGACUGCCCACUGGAAUACAAGAAGGGCGAGUCGCAGACCAAUAUUGAGAUUACAAAAGAGGAUGAUUGGAAUCGCAUCCUGCAAAUUGAGGAGGAGCAGGUCAAGGAAAUGUGCGACGCCAUUCUGGCACACAAGCCCGAUCUAGUAAUCACAGAGAAGGGCGUUUCCGACCUUGCUCAGCACUUCUUCGUGAAGAACAAUGUCACCGCCCUGCGCCGAGUUCGAAAGACGGACAAUAACCGCAUAGCACGUGCUACAGGUGCUACCAUUGUCAACGAUGUCCGCUCUAUUUCAGCCUCGGACGUGGGGACAGGAUGUGGUCUCUUCGAGAUCAGCAAGAUUGGCGACGAAUACUUCACCUUCUUGACCAAAUGCAAGAACCCACACGCAUGCACCAUCAUGCUUCGCGGACCGUCAAAAGACAUCCUUAACGAGGUGGAGAGAAAUUUGCAAGAUGCUAUGGGCGUUGCUCGCAACGUCAUGUUCCAUCCACGUCUCUGUCCGGGCGGUGGUGCUACCGAAAUGGCUGUCGCUGUUGGUCUUGCUCAGCGUGCCAAGAAUGUCGACGGAGUGGCACAAUGGCCAUAUAAAGCUGUCGCCGAAGCGUUCGAAGUUAUCCCCCGAACACUCAUCCAAAAUAGUGGUAACUCUCCAAUCAAGGUAUUGACGCAGUUGAGAGCCAAGCACAACGAAAGUGGCGGCUCGAGUUGGGGCGUCGAUGGUGAUGCAGGAAAAUUGGUGGACAUGAAAGAAUACGGGGUCUGGGAACCGAUGGCGGUCAAGAUGCAAAGCGUGAAGACGGCUGUGGAGAGCGCGUGCUUGUUGUUGAGAGUGGACGAUAUCUGUGCUGCGAAGGCGGCGAAGCAGACUGGUGGGCCGAUAGGAGGUGGUGGAGACGAUUGAGAAUGAGAUGGUUAUUGGAACGGGCAGUGUCAGACAAUAGUCGAAUAAUCCCAAAAGCAUGAAGAUCUAGCACACAAUGUGUCGUUGGUUUGGUUGCUGAAGUUCUUAUAAAACCUCGGUCUCUCCAAUCUGCGAUCUGCUCCAUAUUCCCA